AUGGCGUUGAGAGAGCUGUCCUCGCUGGAGAAAUUUCUCGGAUUAAAGAAGCCUCAUAAAUACAGCACGCAAGGAGAGAGGAAGGUUCCUGUUCUCCAGAACAACAAUGCUCCAGCCGUGGUUGGUUUAGUGACCAUUGGCACCCACCUGAUACGGGAGGCCAAAAGGCAAGACCUGCUAGGAAAUUCACCUGAGGAGAGAGCUGUGGUGCAGCAAUGGCUGGAGUAUAGAGUGACCCGAGUGGAUAAUGCCUCUAAAGAUGAGGUUAAGGUCAUACUCAAGGAACUCAAUCAGUACCUGGAGGAUAAGGUGUAUAUGGCUGGGAACCGCUUCACCCUGGCAGACGCUUUGAUGUACUACGGCAUUCACAGCAUCAUCAUGGAGCUUACAGUGCAGGACAAAGAGAAAUACCUAAACGUGACCCGUUGGUUUGAUCACAUUCAGUACUACCCAGGAGUUCGUCAUCACCUGCCCCCUGUGGUGGUCCUGAGGAACAGGGUUUAUCCAAGUGGCCAGCACUGACACCAUCGUUUUCUCCUCUUAACUCCUUAGCCAUCUCUAACCUCUGCAGGUUAGGCUUUUUGUGACAAGACAGCAAGGACAGUUCAGAUCGUUGAGACGAGGAAGACUGCUCAGAAUUUUUUGUUGGGGUUUUUGUUUGUAUGUGUGUGUGUUUAAAUUAAGCAGUGGGGCCGAGGUAUCUUUUUUUACCUUAAGAUGGGAGGGUAAAGCAAGUGUAUUUAAGAGGGCUAGUGUCUGUCUAUGCAUAGCUUGAGGUAUAAGGGAAAACUUGCUGCUCAUUGUUGGCAUCUGAGAGACAGUUCAUGUUAAGUGACUUCUACAUAUGAAACCGGACAGACAGCUCAUUUUUAAACUGGUUUGUUUGUGACCAGUUUCAGAUUUGGGCCAAAUAUCAUUGACCUGCAGUGUUAAGGAAACCAAAAGGCAUGAUAAGUUGCUCGAACGAUCUCAACUCGAGCUGUUGGAAGAUUAGAUGGACUCUGAUAUGUUAGAUAUUCGGAUCAGGUGUCUUGUAGUGUAAGUGUCCUCUGAUGCCAAAAUAAUUUAUUGAUUCAUUAAAUGAUCAAUCACACAGUUAACUGGUGAGUACCUAAACACACACCACUCAGACACUGACAUCUCUGGAGCUUAUUUCAUUUUCCAUAAUAAUAUUGAAUAUGGUGAUGUAUUGAGAAGCUGUGCCGUCCAUGGCUGUCCAGUUAUCAGAGGUUUGUUGCUUUUGUACAUAUAAAUUCGACAACAUCAAACAAACAGUUCUCAGCAAAAUAAGAGAGUUUAGGAAUCGCACAAUAUCUGUCUGGCUUCAGAUGUAGAUAUAGUUAGGACUUAUUUAAUUGUAUUUUAAUUUAAUUGUAUCUUUAUUUCAAUUAUAUCCUUUCCCUAAUUAUGGAUGCCUCUGACAAGGUGCAAAUUUUGAUAAGCUUAAAGUGUCCAAUAAACAGUUUAUUCCAAGCCCAAACUAAUAUGCUAAUCGUAAUAAAUAAAGAUGCAGCUUCUUCUCACAUUACUGUCAUUAUUAAGGUCAUAAGCCACUUUACCUUUUAAACUGAAGCAUGAUACAAAAUAUCCACAUCUUAUCUGGGGUAUUAUCCAAUAUCCUUUCUUGACACAUCCCUUCUAUUUUAUCCGGACUUGGGCCUGGCACUGAGACCGCACUGACAAGUGCACCUCCCAACAGCUAGGCUUUUUCAGCCAUCCCACCCCUGGACAUUUGGUAAUCAUGUCUGUGCAGAUGCCUGACCAGUUAAUAGCAGCGCUGAUCUUGGCGAUAGUGACCUAGUGUACUUUAAUGUUGCUGCUCAGAUUCACAUUACCUUUAAACUGGAGCAUGAUGCAAAAUAUCCACAUCUUAUCUGGGAUAUUAUCCAAUAUCCUUUCUUGACACAUGCCUUCUAUUUUAUCCAGACUUGGGCCUGGCACUGAGACCGCACUGACGAGUGCACCUCCCAACGGCUAGGCUUUUUCAGCCAUCCCACCCCUGGACAUUUGGUAAUCAUGUCUGUGCAGAUGCCUGACCAGUUAAUAGCACAGCUGAUCUUGGCAAUAGAAACCUAGUGUAGUUUUAAUGUUUCUGCUCAGAUCCACAUUUGCACUUGCAAUCCAUACUGAUUAAAAAACCAGCUUUUGCAGUUUUAAUGUUUUUUAGUUUUGUUUGUAGUUUAAGUUAUAUAAAGACGUGAAGGUUUUUUCUGUUUGGAUUAGAACAGCAGCAAGUGAAUGUCUCAAAUCAGCUGUCAGGACUUUAACUCGGUUUAAAUGUCUGCUGUUGGAAAUGAAUUUAAACCACUUUUUUAGCUGAUGGCAUUUGACAUUAUCCACCAUUCGUAUGUUAAUAAAAAAAGCAUGA